UGCAGCUCGGAGUCUGAGGCAGUGGGAGUGAGGAGAGUAGAGUGAGAGCACUGGGAGAGCGAGAGAGCCCAGGACCAACACCGCUCACUUCAAGAGUUUCUACAAGUUUGUGGGGGUGCCGUUGUUGGACUUUGGAGAAGAAAACGAAGCACAACGCUGCAGCACAGACCCCGAGUUCUCUUCUGCGAGCUGACACACACCCGUCCCAACAUCUGGUCUGCUGCUGGAGGACGGGGCGAGCCGCGGAGAGACAAACUUCUUGGAGGCGGAGAGAAACGACUACCACCGCUGGACAAACAUGCACUGAAUUGUUGGGGGGGGGGGGGGGAUCUGGGACACCUUCAUGAGCCGAGGAGUGCUUCGGUGCGCGCGUGAAGUGACACGAGUGGAGGGGGAAGGUGUCCGAGGGCGAGCGAGUCCGAGAGGAGAGGUCAGAGAAUGAAUUAGUCUCAGAUCGGCUGCUCACUGUCCCAGCCAGAGAGAAGGCUCACUCCUUGGCCCCUCCACCUCCUCCCAUAAGAGCCAGGCUGACGUCCAUGGAUGAGGAGCGGAGCGCACCCCCCAUCUCCCCAGAGAAGCCUGAUGAUGGGGAUCCCGCUCGACCAGCUCCGCAACCAGAUUCACACGCAGCCUCCAAAACAGAGAGGGCGGACAGCUGCCCAGAACCAAACCCCUUUCAAGGUGAAGAUGUGGCCCACAUUUAUACUGAACCCCUCAUAUUGAGGUUAAAUGGCACCCCAGAACGGCUGCUAGGCAAGGAUGGAGACAAUUGUAACAGCAGCCUCCCACACUCGGAGCUUACGACACCCAGCAAGAGUAUCACAUCUCAACCAGCAGCCAGAUCCACGCCCAUCCAGCACACCCAGCCAUGUCGGACGCAGCCCAGCAGCCACCUACGAAACGGGAGCAGGCAGCACUCACACCCCCACUCCCCUCACACGCACUGUCCGCAUCACAAGCACGGCCUCCAGUCCAACGGGGUCAGGAGCCCUCAUGAGCAUCCUAAGCUGGGCUCGCUCCCAAAAGGCGGCUCCUCAACCUCCUCCUCCUCUUCAGCGGGACCCAGACACACCAAGAAAUUGCAGUCCAACCCGUCCAUCACCUCCCAGAGCAGCAAGAGGAGCAAGAGCAGCUCCAAGAGCAACAGCUCCCAGAUUCCCACAGAGGGACAGGAUGACUGCUGUGUUCAUUGCAUCCUUGCCUGCCUCUUCUGUGAGUUCCUAGCUCUGUGCAACAUCGUGCUGGACUGUGCCACCUGUGGCUCCUGUGCCGGGGACGAGUCGUGCUUCUGCUGUUGUUGCGCGUCAGAGGAGUGUGGCGACUGCGACCUGCCCUGUGACAUGGACUGUGGCAUCAUUGACGCCUGCUGUGAGUCUGCAGACUGCCUGGAGAUCUGUAUGGAGUGCUGCAGCCUUUGCUUCUCCUCCUGAGGACCCAGCCACCACCGCAGGGGGCAAAGUAGAUGCUUGCUAUUCACUCCCACAAGCCCAGGAACAGUUUCGACCUGGCCCCAAAGCUGAGAAGCUUUACAUCCACCCACAUCAUUGUUGCCUGAGAUCUGUGGCUCACACUAUUGGCUGGUCUAGUUGGCUCCACAAUACAUCCAAUACAUUUGACAGGGUUUGCCAAGUGAAAUGCUGACUGUCACUUGUGAACUCUUCCUUCCUUUAUUGAUCAAACGAUUGGAUGGUAGCUUGCCCCGCUUUAUCUUUUGUGGUUCGUCCAUUUACUGCACAGCUGGGCGCAUGUGCAGAGUGAGUUCCAGCUGUGGUCCAUGUGAGGUUGCCAGGCUGUGCAGCCUCUGGACCCUCACUGAACAAGCUAUUAUUACAAUGGAGCCCCUUGUGCCAUCUGAAUGACUAGAGUUCUCUAAGCAUGAAAAAUGACCUUCAAAUGCAAAUGAGAAAAUGGCUCCAUUUAACUGGAUUUUAAUGUUUCUAUAGAUAAGAGCAGCAGCGUAAUGGGAAAAUGGCCCCUCAGAUCUCAGUAGUAAUGCAGUGUGUCCUCCUGUCCUUGGCAAGGUUAAAGUCCCUCACUUUGAUUGCUUACAGUGGACUUUGCAACACACGGACCAAGUGGCAGAUGUGGGAUUAGCCGCUGUUUUCAUCAGUGUUGCAAUGCACAAAAUUGAGAAAACAUUAACGGUGGCUUGUGGCAAUAUUACAGACAGAUAUUUUCAUCAAUAUGCAUCUCACUUAAAGUACUUUUUUUUAUAGAGAAGAAUCAUGAGAGUGUCAUGCAUCAGCCGGGACAUGGGUCCCGUGAUUGUUGGUUGAUAGCAUCCGCAGUGGACGUCUUCUCUGCUCUAACAUGUGAAGGGAGAGAGUUCUUAAUCAAAAGUCUCUCCUCGUUUAAUGUCUCACAUCUUGUUUACUUUCACCUUUUUAUUCUGAGAGGUUUUAACUUCAGUGAAUUCCUCCUAUUCUGAUUGGUCAGAACUGGUAAAGAAAUGGAAUUGGAAGGCAUCAUCUCGUUUUUUUUUUUAAAUACAUUGGAUUUUCCUUUGUCAUUCUUGCUAUGUGAACAAAUGGCCUUGGCUUAGCUGAAGGCCUGAAUUUUCAAGUCGAUUCCUCCGGCUUUACCAAAUCUUUAUUAAUCCUUGUUUUGUAGAUUUUAGUUAAGAUAUUUGCAUUUCUCCUCUAAUGUGAAAAUCACAUUUCUGUGUUAUCGGGUUUAGCCGGGCUCUCUGGAAAGCAGACGUUGCUCAACAUCUAAUUUAAUUCCUUGAGUAAAAAUCUCACAGCAUUAUGCUAAGUCAUAUCCAUAUGCUCGUCGUAUGAAUGGUACACUUUUGAUAACAGGCCCGCACUCUCAUAUGCUCAGACACAUUCCUUCUCCAACCCAAUACCUCUUGAGAUGUCACCUAGAUCUGUUGUGCAUUUUAAAAUGACUUGAUACAAAUCUCUCUCCUCUCUGAUCAAAUACUGAUUGUGCAAUCUUUUUUUUUGCUUGGAAAUACCAAAGAGUUUUCCUCUUACUGGACCUUAGAUUCUAGACUUAUAAUUUCUUGUACAUAGAAGGUUUUUUUCUGUGCUAGUAUGGCUGCGGUUGAUUAAACCCUAUUUUAAGGGCUGAAAUCUAACACUGUUGAUGAUAAUACACUAUGGCUGUAAUUAACCUGAUAACGCAGAAGCAGAAUAUGCAAGUUUUUGGAAUUCAGUGAACGCAUUGAGAAGAUAAUAUGACUCCUUGUGUCUGUUUGUAUCAGAUUGGAUGUGUCAAAAUCCUGGAAAGCCCUGGAAAACAAUGCAAUACAUUACCAAACAGAGAGAAGAUUUAUGAAGGGAGAACUGGAUAUUAAACUGUUGUGUAUAGAAAAUAUGACAAUGUCACUUUGUUUGCGAUACAAGAUUAUCUGAUAACGAUGCUUGAUCUAGGGUCAUGUCUUCUGUCACCAGACCAACCUUGUCACAAGAAGAUUAAGACUGCAUAGUGAUGAGUAUCUGGGAAAGGUUUAUCCAUUUGAGUUGGAAACAAAACAAAAAAUGGCUUCCUAAACUAAAGUAGUUUGCUUUAAACAUUUUGAUUACUUUACAAUUAAUAAAACCAGUUACAUACUAUUGAAUUGCAGUAUAAGCAUGUCCUUACCAGAGACUGUAAAUAACGAUGGAUGAUGCAUCUCCACUUACAACCACUUUAAAAAAGUGAAGCCAGAAUAUCCCGGAUAAGGGCGUGGGCAUCAGAAUAAUGGCAAAUCAGUCUCUGCUGUCAAUCAUGACGUUUCUCUCCAUGUUUAAUAAUACCAUAUGAAAACAAUAUAAACAUUUAGCAUUGACAAACGUCAUGGUUAUCAGUAAAAUGAACAUGCAUUUAAGAAUUAUGCCUGAAUUGACAGAAACUGUCUUUGGAAAAUGUUUUAGUUUGGCCCAUGUCCUUCUUUAACAUGGAGGGGGCAUGGUUUAUGACCUAUAAUGCAGCCAGCCACCAGGGGGCAAUCUAGAUGUUUUGGCUUCAUUUUUUGGAACUCUGUCAUGUCGUCCAUACAUAUACAGUCUAUGGUUCAUUCUGUUGCUACAGAGACCGCAAUCUAAGGAUAGCAUAAAUGCUCUCCGCUGUUGAAAAUGGAACAGCGUGCUGAAUAAAAUAGUUCACUUUGCUAUGGUGCAAGUUACUUGGUUAAACAAGCAGGAAGAUAUAAAUACAUAUUAUGAUAUUGAUUCCCACCGGCUCAUUUUUACUUCCAAGACAAUAGCGUCACUGUUUUUAACCCAACUCGAUUGACAUGUUGUUUCCUGUUAUUUAUGACUGUGCAUAACCACAACCUCGCUCUGCAGCUCAGGUUUCAGUUUGCUGCAGCUUCUCACUGGACUCCAACUCAGUCCAAAGGUGCAAUUUUGAGACCUUCAGAAAUCCCCUUUUCAUAAAUAGGAAGCUCAAAGAAAGGAUUAUCUGAGGUCUGAAAUCUUGGUUUCUAUAAUACUGAAUUGAUCUUAUUAUGCUUAAAUUACUGCUGUAGCUAGAAAAAUUAAGUCCAAAAAACCUACCUGUCAUGGAAAGUGUGGCUUUGCAACUCUCUUUUUAUCAGUAGAUCAUUUAAAAGUGUCCAGUGAGGUUUUUAUUUUCCAAAAGUAGCUCGUGGCAUUUUUGAAGGGGUAAAAAAUCGUUCAGACUGUGAGGUGCAGUGAGAAUUUGCAGUAGACUGGUAAGUUGGUCAAUUCUAAAGAUCAUUUGUGCUAUGCAAUAUUAUGUGAAACAGCAUUUUUAAUAAGGACUGAUUUGAAAAAACAGUGAACCUCAUUUGAAUUUAAUUUAAUGUCGUUGGAAUAUUUUUUUACAAUUAAGCCAUUCAAUAUUUCUUUAUAUUUGUCCCGAUAAGAGAAAACCGUGGCAGUCAGGAGGUUUAAGACACAGAUUGGUUGGUCUGGAGAUGGACGACGCCUUCCCCAGACGAACACUGGUCUUGCACUUGGAUCAUUCUAUGUUUGAUGUGGAGAUUUGAAUUUGAUGUUGUGUUUGUACCACACAGGUCAUCAUCUCAGCUAUAUCCAUAAAACUGGAAGAAAACACAGGUUUACUUUCAGUGAUUUCCAUUCUCAGUAUUAUCAGUAUUUGUCUUAGAAUUACCUUGACCACCGAAGCUUCUAACCAUUGACUUUUUAGGUUGUUGUUUUACUGACAGAUGAGCCUUGGUUAUGGAUUUUAAAGGGCUGGCCACCUCUGCCAGUAAUCUGAAAGUUAUAGCCCAUCUGAAUUCUUACUAGACUGUAGUCCACUAUAAUGUCAUUUUGUUUACACUACCCCAAUGUAAUGUUCAUUUGAAUUGCAGCCCUGGAAGUCACAUUAAAAUCUAUUUGUUUAAUACUGAAUAAACAAU